AUAUUUUCUGAAGGAGCAUCUAUCUCCCACUCAGAUCAUCUUGCCCUCUUGGAACGAAGGGGUAGAGAGCCAUUCACAAAGAAACAUCACAGGAAGAAGGGGAUGGAGCAGCAGGUCUGAGUUCAGCUGACGAGGAGAACACAGGACAAUGGGGAUGUUCCUGCCUGGGGAUCAUGGGCUGCUCCUUGGGCUCUGGAACUCUCUGUUGCGCAGGUUUCAGAGUGAAAAAUCCUGGACCAGACGCCUGGAUGAAAUCAACUUGCUGCAGCAGAAAAGGAUCUGGGAGUCUCCCUUGCUCCAGGCCGCCAAGGAAAAUGAUGUCCAAACCAUCCAGAGACUUCUCACCUGCCAUACUUGUGAUAUUCAUCAAAGAGGUGCCCUGGGGGAGACAGCUCUUCAUGUGGCUGCCUUGUAUGAUAGUAUGGAGGCUGCACAGAUUCUGAUGGAUGCAGCUCCAGAACUUGUCAAUGAAGCAAUGACAUCAGAAUUCUAUGCAGGGGAGACUGCUCUCCACAUCGCUGUGGUGAAUAAGAACUUCAAACUUGUGAAGGCGAUGCUUGAGAAGGGGGCUGAUGUCAACAACCCACGGGCCACCGGCUACGUCUUCAGACCCAGCAGCCACAACCUCAUCUACUUUGGGGAGCAUAUCUUAUCCUUCGCAGCCUGUGUAGGAAGUGAGGAGAUCGUCCAGUUGCUCAUCAAACAUGGAGCCAACAUCAGAGCACAAGACACCUUGGGGAACACUGUUCUCCACAUCCUAGUUCUCCAACCCAACAAGAUCUUUGCCUGCCAGAUGUACAACUUCCUUCUCUCCUAUGACAAGAGCGAAAGGGAGCUGGGAGCCCUGGACUUAAUCCCUAACAACGAGGGGCUCACUCCAUUCAAGCUAACUGGGGUUGAGGGCAACACUGUGAUGUUCCAGCACCUUAUGCAGAACAGAAAGCACAUCCAGUGGACCUUCGGCCCCCUGGUCUCCACCCUGUAUGACCUCACAGAGAUCGACUCGUGGGGAGAUGACCAAUCUCUCUUGGAACUCAUUGUCACCACCAAGAAAAGAGAGGCCCGUCGGAUCCUGGACCUGACCCCUGUGAAUGAGCUGGUGAGCCUGAAGUGGAAUAAAUAUGGGCGUCCCUAUUUCUGCAUCCUGGCCUUAUUCUACGUGCUAUACAUGAUUUGCUUCACCAUGUGCUGUGUCUAUCGACCUCUAAAACAUCGACAGAGCAACAAAACACAUGAAAGGGACAACACCAUCUACAUCCAGAAACUGCUGCAGGAAUCUUAUGCGACUCCUGAGGACAAUCUGAGGCUGGUAGGGGAGCUGAUCACAGUGAUAGGAGCCAUAGUAAUAUUGAUCCUUGAGAUUCCAGAUAUCUUCAGAGUUGGAGUCACCAAGUACUUUGGACAAACUAUUCUGGGAGGACCUUUCCACAUCAUCAUCAUCACCUAUGCCUGUAUGAUCUUGGUGACCAUGGUGAUGCGUCUCACCAGCACCACUGGAGAGGUGGUCCCCAUGUCCUUUGCCCUGGUGCUGGGCUGGUGCAACGUCAUGUACUUCGCACGAGGCUUUCAGAUGCUGGGACCCUUCACCAUCAUGAUACAGAAGAUGAUAUUUGGAGAUCUCAUGCGCUUCUGCUGGCUCAUGGCAGUGGUGAUACUUGGCUUUGCAUCAGCUUUUUACGUCAUCUUCCAGACUGAAAACCCCGAUGAACUGGGCCACUUCUAUAACUACCCCAUAGCUCUCUUCAGCACCUUUGAGCUCUUCCUCACCAUCAUCGAUGGGCCCGCCAACUAUGAAGUGGACCUGCCCUUCAUGUACAGCAUCACCUACUCCGCCUUCGCCGUCAUCGCCACCCUCCUCAUGCUCAACUUGCUCAUCGCCAUGAUGGGUGACACCCACUGGCGCGUGGCCCACGAGCGGGACGAGCUUUGGAGAGCACAGGUUGUUGCCACUACUGUCAUGCUGGAGCGGAAACUCCCACAAUGCCUCUGGCCUCGCUCUGGGAUCUGUGGGCAGGAGUAUGGCUUGGGGGACCGCUGGUACCUCAGAGUGGAAGACCGAUGCGAAGGCAGGCAGCACAAGAUGCACCGCUACAUGGAAGCAUUUAAGUUCCAGAUCACAGAAGACUUUGACAAGUACUCACAGAACAAACAGGAGCUGGAGGACGACAAGGACACAGAGGCUCCGUACAGGAAGAAGACCCCUUGCAGCACUCCAGCUGUGUCACCAAGCCUGUCCCGGAGGAGCUCCAGCCAUGGCUGGGACAUCCUGAGGCACAGCACCCUAGGGCAGCUACAGGGCCAUGUCAACCUUUCCAUGGAGAAGGAAGAGGAGAUCUACCAUGUCUGA